GUGGCGUAAGGGGGGCGGGCCGUCAAAUGUUUAUGCACGUAAUGGCGGCGGACAGGCUGUGAUGAGCCUCGGCGGAAAAAAGCAGUCAGCGAUCCAGCCAUCAGUAAAUCUCCACACGGGCGACACGGAAGAGUGCGAAAAUGCAGAUCACAUUGAAGACUCUCCAGCAGCAGACGUUUAAAAUCGACAUCGACGCGGAGGAGACGGUAAAGGCUUUAAAAGAAAAAAUUGAGAAUGAAAAAGGAAAAGACAGUUUUCCAGUGGCAGGACAGAAGUUGAUAUAUGCAGGUAAAAUCCUGAAUGAUGACACGGCUCUAAAAGAGUACAAGAUAGAUGAGAAGAACUUUGUGGUCGUGAUGGUAGCAAAGCCUAAGACAGCUCCUGCAUCGGUUCCGUCAUCUGCUGCCACGACAACCAGCGCCGCUUCCUCCAGCACUACAACAACGACCCCGACUCCUCCUACUGCCCCCGCUGCACAAAGUCCUUCUGAGAGCCCCCCGAAAGAAGACAAACCUGCUGAGGAGAAACCGGCCAGCAGCUCGCCGCCCUCCUCCACACCCAUCAGUUCUGCAAAUGCAAAUAUAUUUGAAGAGGCGACGUCUGCAUUGGUGACAGGUCAGUCCUAUGAGAACAUGGUGACUGAGAUCAUGCUGAUGGGCUACGAGAGAGAUCGAGUGGUGGCUGCACUGAGAGCCAGUUUUAACAAUCCUGACCGCGCUGUCGAGUAUCUGCUCACGGGCAUUCCCACAGAGGCUGAGGGCAGUGUAGGAGGUGCUGAUCCAGUGGCUCCUUCAGGUGUUGCUCCUGUUGUGUCUACAGGCCUCUCAUCCCCAUCUAUUACUGCCCCAUCACAGCCCAGCACAGGAUCAGGGGCAAAUCCUCUUGAGUUCUUGAGGAACCAGCCACAGUUCCUUCAGAUGAGACAGAUCAUCCAGCAGAACCCAUCUCUCUUACCAGCCCUACUACAGCAGAUCGGUAGAGAAAACCCACAACUCCUGCAGCAAAUUAGCAGCCAUCAAGAGCAGUUUAUUCAGAUGCUUAAUGAGCCCGUCCAGGAGGCGGGGCAAGGAGGAGGAGGCGGCGGUGGUGGGGGUGUGGCUGAGGCGGGAGGUGGACAUAUGAACUACAUCCAGGUCACACCCCAAGAAAAGGAAGCUAUUGAAAGGCUAAAAGCCUUGGGAUUUCCAGAAGGACUUGUUAUACAGGCCUACUUUGCUUGUGAGAAGAAUGAAAAUUUGGCUGCAAACUUUCUUUUACAACAGAACUUUGAUGAUGAUUAGAGGAGGAUCGACUCCCUCAUCGUUUCCCCUUUCUAAUGUUGUUUUUCUUUCGAUUUGAUCAUUUUGGAAAAGAGAUCUAUUCAAACACACAGGCUGUCUAAAUUUUACACACUGGAUGACACGAGCACGUCCAUCUGGAGAUGAUAUCAUUUGUUCAUUUCCAGAGGCAGAAGCCAGUAAAAGCCUCUUUGCUUCAUCUAACUUUGCCUGUUUAUUUUUAAUUUGAUGAUUUUUUUUUUGACCAAUAAAGAGCAUUUUUUCCUUCAUUGUUAAGACAUGCUAGCAGGUUAAAGGGGCUUGUGGAGUUAGUUUUUCAUGAGAUCAAUUGAGGAUGUUUGAUUUAAUCUCAUUAUCAUUGUCCCUGUUCAAAAUGCCUUUUGUCUCUAUUUGACAUUAAUCAUUAAUAGAGAUUCCAAAUAAUUAAAUGCAGUUUUAAAUUAAAGUACAACAUUUUUAAAAUAAGGAAGUUAUGUUAGGUGGUUCUUUGUGUCGAGUGAAACGGACACGUGCGUUUAGAGCGUGUGUUUGGCUUUCAUCCUUUGACAUGAUUAGUUUUCACAUUAUUAUCACUAUGAUGUAAUUUUUACAGGGAAAUAAACGUUUUCAGCGUUAUUA